ACUAAAGACUAGCUGUGCUGGAAUGUGUUCUGCCCUUCCUUUUGCGCCGAUCUGCCUCUCCGCUUUCUUUGGCGCCGAUGUCCUACAAUUACGGUGUGAAUUACGGAAGUCAGCAGUUUGCAAUCCUAUCUUACUAUUCUCCCUGAUAGGCAGAACGUAUAUGAGGUUUUCGGAAACUCUGCUCAGUAUCUAUCAAACACCGCCAGAAGAAGUGGUCGAGCAUCGAAAAGGUUCUCUCUCUAACUCCCCCUUCGUUUUUCUCUCAUUCUCUCUGAAUCAAAUAUCAUGAGGGUCUUAGUUAGAUUCAGGCUUACUGUUGUUGAGCAUUUUUCUCUGCCUUUCACAAGUCCACAAAAGUUCCCAUUUGGCCCAUUCAACUCUUUCACACAGAAGAGGUUCAAGAAACCAGUAAUCUCUGCCCGAACUCGCUUGGAGGAGAGAGUUAGAGACCCCAAACUAGACAAGCUCAUUACCCAUCUCAAAAAGCUCAAAACCAUCCUCAAUCUCUACGAGCUGAUGUCAAACAGAAAACGAGGUCCUUUCGUUUCCGUACAAUUGAUGUCCCGGUGGAGGAACAUAGUUGGUCUAAACGUUGGUGUCAGCGCAUUUAUUCGCAAAUACCCACAUAUUUUUGAGGUGUUUAUGCACCCAAUUAGGAGGAAUUUAUGCUGUAGGAUUCGGCAAAAGAUAAGGGUUUUACUUAGGGAGGAAGAGAAUGCUGUAAAAGAAUGGGAAUUGGAAGCGGUACUGCGUGUGAAAAAGCUUUUGAUGAUGUCGGUUAAUGGCACUCUUCAUGUUCAUGCUUUGAGGUUGAUUAGAAGGGAAUUGGGUUUGCCAGCGGAUUUUCGGGACUCGAUUCUUGCAAAGCAUUCAGCGAAUUUUAGGUUAAUUGGUUUAGAAGUAGUGGAAUUGGUUGAUAGGGAUGAGAAUUUGGAAGUUGCCAAGGUUGAAAUGUGGAGGGAGAAAGAGUAUAGAGAAAAGUGGUUGAGUGAGUUCGAGACUAAAUACGCAUUUCCUAUUAAUUUUCCAACUGGUUUUAGGAUUGAAGGAGGGUUCAGAGAUAAGUUGAAGAAUUGGCAAAGGCUUCCCUAUUUGAAGCCGUACGAGAGGAAAGAAGUUGUUCGGGUUCGUACUUGCGGAGGGGUUGAGCGGUUUGAGAAGAGGACAGUUGGGAUUCUUCAUGAGUUGCUGAGCUUGACGGUGGAGAAGAUGGUUGAGGUUGAACGCAUAGCUCAUUUCCAGAGGGAUUUUGCCAUGGAUGCUAAUGUGCGCGAACUUCUUUUGAAGCACCCUGGAAUAUUUUACAUAUCUACCAAAGGAAAUACGCAAACAGUUUUUCUUAGAGAAGCAUAUUGCAAAGGGUGUCUGAUUGAGCCUAACCCAAUAUAUUUUGUUAGAAGGAAAAUGUUGGACCUUGUCUUGCAAGGGUGCCGAAGUACCAGAAAAAUUGGAGCUGAGGAGGAAAUCAAGGAGGAGAGCAAUAUUGUAGUAUGUACAGCAGAUGCUGGAGGGAGGGAAGAUGGAGAUUGGGUCAUUCCAAGUUAAAGAGUUUUGACAAAGGAAAUCCCUAUGAUAGUGCAGGUGAAAUCAGCUAGUAAUUUGUGGAAGAGUUUACUCGAUACAAUGAGAAUCAAGGUAGUGAGAGUGAUGCUUGCAUUGGGGGAUCAGGCCAAGUUAACCAUACAAAGAGAAUGGAGCUGGAAUAAUGCUUGCAGAUUGCGCAUGCCCAACAUUUGGCACUUGGAUCAGAUGCCCAAUUUGGUCAACAAGGGAAUGUUGCUUCAGUACAGUUAUUGAAACAGUUCAAGGUGCAUCAAGUAUCUUAGAAGUCUUUUGAGGGCCAAAGAAGAGAAUAGAAAGAAACAAGAAACUUCCUUAGAUUUUGGAGGCUUGGCAUCAACCCAUACUUGUUCCCUGAUAAUGAAGGAAUUUAAAAGAGGGUGAAAUAAAUCCAUGCAUGUUGGAUGGAAUCAUCUUGAGUGGAUCAAUUUAUUUCUGCCUUUCUUUCUCGCUUCAUUGAGGUUUAUGGCUGCUUAUGACAUUCGUUCAAUAUUUCUUUUCCUUGCAUAUUAUGCUUAACUCUGCAAAAUGUUUGGUCAGCACUGCACUGUUGUUUCAGGUUGUGGUUGGAAUAAUGCUUGAAUUCCA